UAGGUACUUCGACACAUAAACAGGCGUAGGUGAUUACAUACUGCAAGGAGCGUACCUUGUUUCACGUCUGUCUAGCUGUAGGUAGCUGCUCACUCGCUGUACUCAGCUUUCUGAGCUGAUAUAUUGGUGAUGAAAUCGUUAUCCAAGGUAAUAUGGGUCAAUCUUGAGCAAUCCGAUCCAUAUAUCAACAUAUCUGUGUGCGCCUUGUCAUCACAUCUGCUGCCAUCAUGCUCGUGUCAUGGGAUUCUUUACCAGCGUUCAAGAAAACUCACUUGGAAGUUGGGCCAAUGAGCUGGUUUGGCGGGCUAGUUAGUACUAUCUAAAACUUAGAGGGCCAGGAUUAGGGUUUGCUUUGAGCACUGCAACCUGCACCUUCACGUCCCAUGCUAGACAAUCCUAGGCACUCAGCUUGCAGCAGUUGCUCCCCGCUUAGCUGCUUGCUCUGAUUGAACUGCCAGCUGUGGUGAAGACGUGGCGUUCAGGAAGAUUCAGGCUCAUUUAGCGCACUAGACUCAACCAUUCCCGUCAGGAAACGCCCACAAGCUUCCUUACCAAGAUAAUCUCCGCUGCCUAAUCUUCUCUGCUUUGCUUAUGCUGGAACUGGAAAGCACGAUACCACGAGCACCUGGAAUUGGAGAGCGCGAUACUUCUAGCAGCUGGCCGUUCUUAUCAGCAUCCGUCCCUUUGGUCCAGACGGCCCGAAAAUCUGCAUAACAUAACCACUUCUGUUCUUCCCCGUCUGGUGAAAGCAGAAACAAUUGUCGCACUCUCACUUACUGGUCCGUCAGAGUGGAUUUUGACAGUCCCGGCCCUGCUAAAAGGAAAGUACUGGCAGCUGCUGAUUACUCACUCUUCUAUCGGCAAACUUUGCUGGAGUGGUUAACAAACAACCAGCAGCUCAACUUUUACCACCACCUAGAGUCACGCUUUGCUCAGUUCAAGACAUCCUCUGUAGCCGUCUUUCCGGGCUGUUUCAUGAUGAACGCUAAAGCAGAGGACCUAGAGCGGGACUUACAGGAGUAUUCUCUCUGGAGCAUUUCCGAAGAAAAGGAUAACGACAAGUAUGCGCCUAAGGGGACUGCCUCCGGCGGGCGGUGGGGUCCGUUGGCCGCAUUCCAGCAUCGCUACCUGUACUGGAGUGUUAUCAUUUUCCUGUCUUGUUACCACGUGUACACACUGGUACAGCACAACCUGGAGAAGGAAAACGCUUGGCGGCCUAGCUCCCAGCAUUUGUUUUCCACCCAUGGCUCCCCCCCCUCGAGCGUCUGCGGGGGCGACCUCGAAGACCAUAGCGGGAUACACAUGUGGCCCCUCUGUGGCACGUGGCAGGAAGAGUACAAGCAGAAACACGCCCUCUGGCGCCGACAGCUGGCGGAGUUUGUGCGGCGGGGAUUGCUCGAUCAGAAGACAGGGCUGCCCGUUCUGGUGUGGGAAGAGGGGCAACCGGAUGCGCUGCCGAAGAUCCUGAUCUUCGUGUGCAGCAGCCAAGAAGAUGGCAUCCCAUGCGGCGGCCUGGGCGACUCUUUGAAGGGCUUUACCACUUCGCUGCUGUACUCGGUUAUAGCGGACCGCGCGGUCUUCUUGCACUGGCCAGCCGCGCUCUCCGCUUUCGAGCCAGUCGAGGUCGACUGGACGCUGCCGGAUGGAUACGUUUUGCCGGGAAACAACAGCAAGACGUGGGGGGACGUGGAGAAGCGUGGAGAGGACGUGGUUAUCCUUAACCUGAUCAACCGCGAGAUGCUAACCUUCCCGGAGAUGCACGAGCUCAUAGGCGACACGCGGAUCGCGAUUGUGCGGUUUAAUAAGGGGCGGGUCAUAACCUGGCUGCAUGACCACCCGGCUAUACACGAGCAAGUGGGGCUGACGCCGCCUUAUGCCUGGGGCUGCUUGAACCGGUUCCUCAUGCGGGUGAAAGAUGAGGUCUCCCGACCUUACAAUGCCAUCGCGCGCCAGCUGGAAGAUCCGGAGACGUUCAGCGUGUGCGUCCACAUCCGGCUGAACGACGAAGCCAUGAUGGGCCAGCGGAGAGGCGACCUGGAAAAGCAGCUGCAGCUAUACAUGGAGUGCGUACAGUCCCUGAUGUCGUACUGGAUGACGCCAGCAUGCAAGCGGUCGCGCAUCUUCCUCAUCAGCUCCUCGUACGAGCUUAAACAGCUGGCUCUGGCCAACACCACCCAGGUCCUGACGACCGCGAUCAAGCCCGCGCACAUCGACCACCCCGGCGCGGCCGCGGCCGCGAUGGCGUCGACCGUCGCCGAGUGGGAUCUGUACUCCCGGUGCAACAUGUACGUCUUCGAAACGUCCGGGCUGUCCGUCACGGCGUCCGCAUACGGCCUCCGGCCGCUGAGCUCGUAUGUGAUGCCCCGGGACUUUAUGGCCAACCGGGAGGUGAUGCAAAAGAUGUGCGUGCCGUGGCACCCGACCGCCCGGUCGGACGUGGCUAACUCCUGGGGGGGGCUGUGACUACGGGCGGAAGUCUACCCCCUGCAAGGUUUUAGUUUUGAAUCCUGGGCGGGGCUGAAUCUAGCGUCACACACCGAAUUUCCCUGACGCAGAAUCUGCAAGAGAAGUAGAUGGUCGGAAACCGACUGGUAAUGGGAGACCUUUCGAAAUUGUGCGGUUCUUGUACAGAAGAUUGAAUCUUGUAAGCACUGAAUAUACUCGUCCCCAUCAAGGAAAUUCUGCC